AUGUCUACGCUUCCAAAACUGCCUAACAUUCUUCGUAAGGUUGGAGUAACAUCUACUGCUGCAAAAGGAAAUCAAAGUUCUACAUCGAAUCUUCCUCAAACAUCUUCUCCUUUAUCAAAUCCACUUCCAACAAUUCAAACUCCUUCACCUCCAGCAAAUCAACCUCUUCCAAAGACAGGACCAUCAGCAGCUCAAAUCCAAAGUCAAAAUGUUCAAAUACAAAAUCUUAGAGAAACAACUUUACGUAAAUAUGAACAAUAUGUUUCACAAUUACGCCAGUUAGAUAGAAACUUCUCACUCAACAUGAAGAAAAUUGAACAAGCAAACUCAAGAGCUAUCACUCGCGUUGUUGAUAGCGUUUCUUCACUUGCUUCUGAAAUUCAACAACUUAAAAAUCAAUCAACAUUGUUACAACGCAAACUCCGCAAUAUUUCCAAGAUGCAGGAGCAAACACAGAAGGAUGGAAUCACUCGCGCAAUCAAACCGUUGAGUGAUGGAUUUACCGCGUUUGAAACUGAAUUUGACAAAGCGCAAAGCAAUGUAGACAAACUUUUCUUCGGGUUAGAAACUCGUACAGGUAAUCUUUUAGAUUCUUAUAAGGCAAUUUCUCCAAUUACAAAAACCGUCAAAGAUUUCCAAGCAAGACUUGCCGAAUUGACGCAAAGCCAUCAGAAUACUGUUGACACACUCAAUAUCAGUAAAGCCGAAAUCAGAGAGCUCUUAGAUCAGCAAAGAAACCAUGUUUUACAAACAAUCAACGAUAAAACCGCCGCUUUAUCUGGUCGGAUCGCCAUUUUAGAGCAAAGAGCAGCAAAAGCAUUAGAUCAAAGCCAGGGUGUUAUUUCGGACUCCCAGACUGCCCAAUUUGAGAUGAGAAAAGUUUUCGACCAAUCAUUAGAUAAUUCCAUGAAAUCAUACAAACAAAGGUUGGAUGAAGUCAGAGGAUUAAUCACUGAUUUGGCUCAAACUAGAUUCAAUCAAAUUGAUGAUUUAAGGAACAGAUUAGCCACAGCUUCUGAAGAAUUGUCUAAAGCAAAGCACAAGAACAUGAAACAGAUGAUUGAAACAAAGACUGUUGCAAGAACAUCAUUGAGACCAGAAAUUGAUAGAUUAAAGGCAAAAUGCGAAGAAUUGGAAAAGAUUCUUGAAGAAAAAGGUAAAUUAAACAAUAAACCUCGCGAAGUAAGGAUGUAUCAUAUGGUACAAGAAGAUGGAACCAUUAAAUACAUCAAUGUACUCGCAGAUGGAACAGUUGUUGUUUAA